AAAAUAUAUGAUAAUAAGAUUAUUUAGUUUGUAAUCGUCCUUAUGAUUGUUGAAUAGCAAAGAAUUAUUUUUAUAUUAAAGGCAUUUUUAUAGCGAUGUUUAAAGCCAUCACUAUUUUUUUUUCUUUCAUUCUACCGCGUGGCUCCCUCUGUCCUCUUUCAUCUUCUUUCAGCUCUAAGUUUCUUUCCGUAUCUUUUUCCUUUCAAUACAUUUCUCUCUCUUACAAACUUCUCUUUUCAAGAGAGGAUUGUGGGCGGAAAUUAGAAUAACCAGUCUAGCCAGUCGUGUUGUAGUCGGCGCGUGGUGAGUGUCUAGUCCGUGUUGGGUGGAGAUUUUUCGAAAUACCGCCUUUUCUUUUUCUUUUUUUAAAAUGUUGAAAAGAACAUUUCCUUGAUUUUUAGCGUAAAAAGUACUCGUAAACCUGUUCAGCUUUGUUCGAUCGAACCGGUAUUCACGAUUUCAUUCGAAUGUGUGGAUCAACAAUUUUUUGUGAACUCUCGAUAUUUUAUUACUUCUUUUCCUGCUAAUCGAUUUUGGAUAUAUCGAUUGGAUUGCAUCAUGACAAGUUUGAAUUUAUCGAAGGCAGCGUGAUGCCUGGGGAGGCCAGUCGGGGAUAUCUGUUGGCCGUGCUGCUGCUGCUGCUGCUGCUACUGGUCGGUUCCCGCAAGGCUGGCUGCUCGACAUCCGCUCCCCGAUAUCCCGUGUGUAAACCGGGUUUCGAAUUUUGGUCGGUCGAGCGUGACACCUGUUGGCCUUGCACCAGAUGCGCUCCUGAAUUUACUUUGAGCCCCUGCACCAUUUACAAGGAUGCUAUUUGCGGACCACUGUCAGCACUCGAGCUCGAUUGGUCUUUCCUCUCGACGAAGAAACGACCGGAAACCGGUCAAAGAAGCCUCGAGGCUGUCACCUCAAAGAUGUUUUGGAGGUUCUCCGAUCUGGAUCAAGAACAGAUCAGAGAGGAAUCGAACGAUUUCGUUGGACGCGUAGAAAACUUGGAACGUAACAUUAAGAAGCAGACGGUAAACGAGCCUCGUCGAAGGGAAACGUCUUCGGAGGAGAAAAUCCUGUGGGAUUGGCAAACUGGAGCCCUGAUCCUUGCCAUCUGUGCCUGUAUUCUUUUCUUCUUGGUCGCAGGAUGCUCAGCUCUAGUCUACGCGAGACAGUGGCGGCGAAUGAAGAAGAACUUCGAGCCAGUGGGUUUAGAAGAGAUCUCGGCUCGAUUAAAUUUAAUGGUCAAGGCAGAACUAGCCGAACUGGUUGCUGGCGCGCCCAUGAACCCGGGUGAUCCCGAAACAAGGUGCCAAUAUCUUGAGAAACUCUUGGAUCGGAAAAGGGAAACUUCUGUGAUGGUCGAUUGGCCGGAAGUAACCGGAAAUCUCUACAUAGAAGAGAGAGAGCCUCCUAAAGGGAAGAGAAUGCAUAUCGCUCGAAUUCAUCGAAACAUCGAAACGAUUUUAAAUCAGAAAAAGAAUUCUACCGACCAGUAGAAUCUCUGAAAGAAAAAGAAGAUUGCUAAAUUAGUUUUGUAUUUAUAUUCGUAUUUAUAAUUGUAUUCGACGUGGAUGGACGAAGAAACGACGAAUGGUACAAAAUUGUACACGAGGAAUCUGUAUUAUUUUUUUUAAUAAUUUAAUAUCUUUAGUUUUUUUUUAUAUAACUUUUUUUUGUUUGUUAUUUAAGUAAAUACAUGAACAAGGGAGAGGUAAAACUCCUCGCUCCAAGUCUCGGAGCUCGAAUAAGAUCGAGCCACGAUCGACUUGACCGUUCAAUUAUUUAUUACUUUUUAUUAGCUUUAAAAGCCGCCAUCUUUGUAAUAUAAUAUUAACGAUGUAUCUACCGGAAAAGAAAAUAAAAUGGUAUAAACGAUGGAA